AUGUCUUUCUUUAACUUUAAAGCGUUUGGAAGGAACUCCAAGAAGAAUAAGAAUGGUGCGAGCAAUCUAGGCCCAUCUUCAAAUGCUGGAACACCCAACACAUCUACAAAUGCUUCUGUACUGGGCUCUUCACAUAACCAGAUAAUGAACUCUAGUAAUACACAAGCUCAGUCAAUAUAUUCCAACCAACCCAGCAGCAGCUCAAAGCUCUCCUUGAGAAAAAAUCAGUCUCCAACUCGAACACAAUCACCAUCUAGACUCUCUCACAAUAAUAAUAAUCAAAUUUUGCAAGAAAGAGCACAAUUAUCGCAUUCCGGAACAGCUACUAAUGAUACCCAAAGCCUCUCACAGAGAAGAUCAAACUCCCCUGAAAGGUCGAGCUCACAACAAGUCAUGUUUUUAAGUGAGCCUUUUGUCAAAACAGCAUUAGUGAAAGGGUCUUUUAAAACUAUUGUACAACUUCCGAAAUAUGUGGAUCUUGGAGAAUGGAUUGCAUUAAACGUUUUUGAGUUUUUCACAAACCUAAACCACUUCUAUGGUGUCAUAGCAGAAUAUGUGACAGCUGAUGCAUAUCCAACGAUGAAUGCAGGUCCCCACACGGAUUACCUUUGGUUGGAUGCUAAUAAUAGACAGGUUUCUUUACCUGCUGGCCAGUAUAUUGACUUAGCACUGACUUGGAUAAACAAUAAAGUUAAUGAUAAGUCUUUAUUCCCAACUAAAAAUGGAGUCCCAUUUUCUCCAAAUUUCUUUAAAGAUGUUCAAAGGAUAAUGAUUCAGAUGUUCAGGAUAUUUGGUCAUAUUUAUCACCAUCAUUUCGAUAAGAUAGUUCAUUUAUCGUUAGAAGCACAUUGGAACUCUUUCUUCGCCCAUUUCAUCAGUUUUGUGAAGGAAUUCAAAAUAAUAGAUAGAAGAGAAAUGUAUCCAUUGAUGCCACUGAUAGAGAAUUUCGAAAAACAGGGUAAAAUUAUAUAUGCUUGA